UUCAAAACUCUUGUAAUUCCCCGAACCAAGCACUCGUCCUGUCGCUUCAAAACUCGUCCCUCCUAUUAUUCUGUCUCAUCGGAAGCCAAAAACUUACGAAAGAGACUGUAAUUUCCAGUAACUACAAAAAUGAGGUUCAAUUUCGAGAUGUCGGAUGCAAGCAUUGAGGAUCAUGAGGCAGACCACAAAUCCCAAUCCAAAUCCCUAAUUCCUUUUUCUUCUCCUUCUCCUUCAACUCCCAAUGACAAACUUCAAUGGCUGCCUCUUCAAGACAACCCUUUCUUCUCUUCUUCUACUGCUCAGUACUCCGGUGUUGGGGAGUCAUCCGAUAAUCGAUGUCGGACCAAUUUUAUGGCUUGGGAUGGAGCUUCUAGAAUCUACUUUUGGGAUUCGGAAAAUAAAUGUUUGCACCGUUUUUCUGUUCGCUUAGGUGAACCUGAACCUACUUCCGUUCUUGCUGCUACUCCAUCUAAGGUGUUGCAACCGGAUAUUGAGCUUGAUUUUCAUGUUACCAAAGUCUCUAUUAAUAGAAAUGGUUCAGCAUUACUUCUUACUAGUUCACAUGGCAUGUGUGCCAUGUACCUUUAUGGAUGUACUUCUGCGAAGGAUAAUUCAAUUAUUUGUAGGACUGUCCCUGUUGGCUCCGAAUUAUAUGAGAAAAGUAAUGGUGCUAUUCGCAUAUUGCAAGUGACAUGGCAUCCUUAUAGCGAUACACAUGUCGCAGUUCUUUCUUCUGAUUCAGUUUUCAGAAUAUUUGAUCUGUCUUCUGCUCUUAAUAAGCCUGAGCAGGAAUACUAUUUACAGCCGCUAGAGCCAGGUAGAUCCCGGAAUGCAUCAUCUAUCUGCCCUGUUGAUUUUUCCUUUGGACGCGAUCACUUGUGGGACAGAUUUAGUGUUUUCAUUUUGUUCAGUGAUGGUUCUGUUUACGUACUUUGCCCAGUGGUUCCAUUUGGAAGUGUAUUCAUGUGGGAAUCAAUAGUGGAGAUUCACACUGACGCACAAACUUUUGGUCAGAAAUCUGCCAACUCAACAGCUAUCAGUAAUUCAAGCCUUGCCAUAUCUUGGCUGGAAGCAACAUUUCCUGAACUGGGCCAGGGAAUGGAAACUAGUCACAUCUCAGCGGUGAAGGCUCGUCCCUAUGUGUUGAUAGACAUGUCACUUUCCUUGCAGGGCCCCCUUCGUAAAGUUUGCCGUAAUGAGGAAAGUGAUCCUGGAUUCCAAUGCAGUGGUCGUACUGUGAGUUUUUUGUACAACUCCAUUGGUAAGGACUCAGUCUUGGUAACUGCAUGGAGUGGCGGGCAAUUACAAUUUGAUGCCCUAGUUGAUGAAACUCAACCUCUUUGGCGUACUGGAAAUCCCCCACGCCUUUCAUUUGAUUCCCAAGAUCGUAUACGUGGGUUUGCUAUGAUAUGUGAAUCAGUUGCUGAUCAGCUUUCUGUAAUUAGGCUUGACCAGCCUCUUGAUUAUUGUGCUUGGUCAGGUCAUCCACCUCCGUUAUUAACACUGGUUAUUGUAGAUUUGGCUCUGCCUAGAACCAUUGAUAGCGACUCGGUAAUUUCUAUGUUUAUUGAUCCUCUUAUCCCUGAGAGAAUAUUCUGCCUUCAUGAUGGAGGUGUAGAUUCAAUAGUGUUGCACUUUCUACCAUUUGCACAUCAGACGAGUGGGAAGGAUGAAACAAUGAAAACUCCGUCUGUGCAUUCUGUGAUAAGUACAUACCAGGGAUCUACAGGUACCUCUUCUCCUCUUUCUGGGUUUGUGGUUCUAUCUGAUUCAUUUGGCUACUCGUGGAUUGCUGGAGUUACUUCUACUCGUGAAUGUAUCGUGCUGGAGAUGAAAACUUGGAAUAUUUUACUCCCCAAGCUCAUGGACAUGGAGAAGAAACCCAACAAGUCUGACGAAACAGAAGAGACGAUCACUCCAGAUAUUAUAAGUAGAGAGCUCCUUGUGGGACCCCAGAUUGUUAGUGUUCCACAGGGAUCUAGUUUGCGAUCAGUUGCUGCUGAUUCCAUUGAAGGCCGAUCAGCCCUGCAUGAGUAUUUCAAACUUUUCCAUGAGAACUACGUGGAGUAUGCGCAUAAGGUAUACUUUGAACUCAAGCAUCAUGGGCCUCAUCUGAAGAACAUAAUAGAAAAUCUAAAUGUACGGUUAAGUGAAGCUCAGCAGAAGCUAGUGAAUGUUGAAAAGAAACAGCCGGAACUAGAUGACAGGAUGAAACGUGCAGUUGAGCACCAUCAGCUCUUGGAGAAGCGCUUGCAUAACUUGAGAAGGCUUCCUGGGAUUUAUAAGAAACCAUUGACUCGAGCGGAGCGUGAGUUCAAGUCAGAACUUGACAGGUUUAGGACUGUUGAGCUGGAUGCUUUGCGAACUUCUAUUGAAGCGUUGAACGGAAGAUUGAGAAGGUACAGUCAAUCUCUCAAGAGAAAGGCACCCAACAUUCAGAAGACCCCCUCCAGGAAGAACAACUUGGUACAUGACUCCCAGCUAGACCAACUAAAAGAUUCACUUGAAAAACUUUCACUUGUGAACAGUGAGAACUCAAAGAAAGUUAAACUAGUAGAAACCGCACUGAAGAAUUGGGACGAUGAUAGAUCUUAAUAGAGUCGAGUCAGAUAAAACACCUGUUAUUGAUCGGUUUUCAAGUAUGCUUUUGUGCCGAUGUUCUCUGAAUUCAAUCUGGUGGCCAAACUAUGACAAGCUCCUUGAUGGUUUUGGACUUUGGUUUUGAACAAAUUCACAUUUCUCCCUGCAGAAAGCAAUGAAAUUCAGAAGACUCUUGUGCAAUACUCAAAUGCAGGUACUUAUUCGCGCAGUAUUAGGCGAGAAAAAAAUACAGAUUUGACAUGCUCUGUCCGUGUAUGGCAGCAUUUUGCUGGAAAUCUGGUGUUAUUUAUUGUAUAUUGUUUAUUUUGUAUCGCACGAGGAAAAUGAUUCAAUACUGGUAGAAUUGUAUUACUAGCAAAAAAAGAAAGUCGGAACUAAAAGACGUGCCAUAUUAAUCACGGAACUUUCUAACCGAAUUGUAUUACUAGAUAAUAUGCUGACGAGUAAAAUGUCUCGACGAGCUUCCAAGAAUUGGAUUCUUAUUGAAGUAUAGACAAACUUUAUUCAA